AUGGCGGCGCUCCAGGGCGAGGAGGAGUCUGAGGCCCAGCGCAAGGCCCAGGAGCGCGAACAGAAGAAGGCCGAGGUGCGCAAGCGGCUCGAGGAGUCCGGCAAGGCCGGCAAGAAGAAGAAGCAGGGUUUCUUGACUCCGGAAAGGAAGAAGAAGCUCAGGAAAUUGCUCAUGACCAAGGCGGCCGAGGACCUCAAGCAGCAGCAGUUGAAGAAGGAGCAGGAGCGACAAAAGUUCCUCGCCGAACGCACGGUCUCCCUCCCCAACAUCGACGGCACCGACGAUCACGCCACGCUCGAGAAGUACUACAACGAGCUGUUCUCCCGAUUGACCAAGCUGGAAGAGGAGAAGUACGACAUCCUUCAGAUCGUCCAAUCCGCCGAGGCCGAGAUCAACGAGCUGACGAUCAACGUCAACGAUCUCCGAGGCAAAUUCGUCAAGCCCACCCUUAAGAAGGUGUCGAAGUAUGACAACCGUUUCAAGAAGCUCGCCGAGAUCAAGAAGACCGAGGGACAAGCUGACUUCCGCAAGGAGCUAAAGACCGUCAAGAAGGAGAACGUCUUCACGCAGUUGGCCAAUAAGAAGAAGGCCGACCAGAAGCCCGACUGGAAGGCCCAGAAGGCCGCCAAGAAAGCCGCCGACGAGAAGAAGGAGGAGCAGCCCAAGGAGGAGGAGGUGCCUGCCGAGGAGCCCGCUGCCGAGGAGCCAGAAGAAGAAGAGGAGGAGGAGGACGAGGAGGAAGAGGAAGAG